AUGAAGGAAGCUGUCAGUAAAGGUGGGAGCUCCAACAAGAACAUCAACGAGUUUGUCAAUUCAUUGAUUUGCAAGGAACAGACCCGGCGUUGGAAUCGAGGCGAAGGAACGAGAUUUGGGUCGAAAGGAGCAAGUGAG